AUGGACCGGUACGCUCGGGCACAAGAAGGCUCACAAUCCGAUCCGGCACUAGAAUGGACGGGUUCAGGACCCGAAACCGGACUCGAAGAGGGUGUUUGGCAAUUGGGAUUAGGGGAAACAGAAUCAGAAUAUCCGGAAAGGCCUAAUGAGCAAGAUUGUAUGUAUUACUUGAGGACCGGGUUUUGCGGGUACGGAGCUAGGUGUCGGUAUAACCAUCCACGUGACCGGACUGCGGUAUUGGGAGCUGCAAGGGCUGGUGGAGGGGAGUAUCCGGAGCGUCUGGGUCAGCCUCUUUGCCAGUAUUAUAUGCGGACAGGGACAUGUAAAUUUGGUGUUUCCUGUAAGUACCACCAUCCUAAGCAGGGAGGUGGUUCUGUUAGUCCCGUGUCACUAAAUUAUUACGGAUACCCAUUACGCCCGGGUGAAAGGGAAUGUACAUACUACGUCAAAACGGGGCAGUGUAAGUUCGGGGCAACAUGUAAAUUCCACCAUCCACAACCAGGUAACGUACAAAUUCCAGCACAAUCACCAGCUCCACAAGUUGCACCUGUACCUGCCCCUACUUUAUAUCCUACAGUGCAAUCUCCGUCUGUACCUUCAUCUCAACAGUAUGGCGUAAUGGUUGCAAGGCCUCCUCUGCUUCCAGGCUCAUAUGUACAAGGUCCUUAUGGUCCUGUGCUGCUUUCCCCAAGCGUAGUUUCCUAUCCAAGUUGGAGUCCAUACCCGGCACCUGUAAGUCCGGUAGCCUCUCCUAAUACGCAACACACAGUUGGCUCAGGAUCACUCUAUGGGAUAUCACCACUCUCUCCUUCUGCACCUGCUUAUACAGGAGCAUAUCAGUCCAUACCUACUGCAACAGGUCCUUCAAGCAGUACCCAGAAGGAACACUUGUUUCCAGAGAGACCUGGCCAGCCAGAAUGUCUUUAUUACAUGAAAACUGGUGAUUGUAAAUUCGGAUCCUCUUGUAGAUAUCAUCAUCCCCCAGAAUUGGUAGUGUCAAAAACAAAUGUUGUUCUUAGCCCCGUGGGUCUUCCCCUACGUCCACAAUACAAGUUCAUUUCACCUGGUCAGAACCUUGAAUCUUCAGACUCGACUGUGGCAUACACCUGCAUUCUUCCAGUCUGUCUGCACCAAACUGUUAGUGAGUCUUUUCGUUCUGUUUUAUUUCUUGAAAUAGCUGUUCUUUUCCCUUGUGAUGCUGGUGCGCAUGGUGCACCAACUUGUACUCACUAUACGCAGCGUGGACAAUGCAAGUUUGGGCCUGCAUGCAAAUUUGACCAUCCAAUGGGAGCACUGAGUUACAGUCCAUCUGCAUCUUCUCUUGCUGAUAUCCCAGUUGCACCCUACCCCGUGGGCUCUUCUAUUGGCACUCUGGCCCCAUCAUCCUCAUCUUCAGAUUUGCGGUCCAAACUUAUUUCAGGACCUAGCAAGGACUCUAGUUCAACCAGGUUGUCUUCGUCAACGAGCACACCUAGUGGAUCAGUAGGUUCAAUAUUUUCGAAUGCUGGACCUGCUCCUCAUUCAAGUGUGCAACACUUGCUCCCUCUCUCGAUAUUUGGACUAUUCAAGGGUUGGGACCAAAAGCACUGGAAAGCCCUGAAUGCUAGAGAGCUGGAAGAAUGGGCUUGUGCAAAUCCACCUAGCUAG